AUGCGUUUCAUCAAUUUAUUAAUUGGUUUUUCAGUGACUUCAGACGCUCUCAGUCUUGUAAAUAUUGUUGAAGACAGCUCAAAUGUUCCGAACAAGGAGCAGGCAGCGAGUAUUGCCCGAACCUUGGUGAAUAGGGAGUCUUUGAUGAAUGUCAAUACCCUAAAGACGGACAACACAGAAUCUAUUCCCGUAUCUGCAAUGGAGUAUUAUGCCGAUUGUGAUUCAGACGGAGAUCCUUAUUGGUUGAUUGUUGAUAUAGGCUCGACAUACCAGAAUAUUGUGAAAGGUUCCAAAUACUCUUUCACUAUCAGAGUGGGAGACCAUCCCUUGAAUGAUUAUGUGAACCCGAACUAUCCUGGUGGUAUUGUAAAUUCUCCGGCGGGAUCUCCUCGCAUAAAUUUGAAGGGCCAGAUGAAGGAAGUUGAUCUCUAUGAACCCUCUGAAUUGUUGAGAAUUGAAAAGUGUUUUUUAGACAAGCAUCCAGAUGCUAAGUGGUGGCUUCCUUCAAACAUUGUAACUCCCCAUAAAACUCAUUGGGCUAAGAUUCUGGUAAGUGAGGUUUACAUGGUUGGCGGAUUCGGUGACAGGGCAUACAUUGGUGUGAUUGACUCAGAGACUUAUCAUUCUUCGCUGCUUCUUGAUGACUAA